CCCCCCACCUCCCACCCUUGGGACCCCUGCAGUCCAGGCCGGCAGACGGAGGCGAGGAUGGCGGAUUCGUGCCGGAACCUCACCUACGUGCGGGACUCGGUGGGCCCGGCCACCAGCACCCUGAUGUUCGUGGCGGGCGUGGUGGGCAACGGGCUGGCACUGGGCAUCCUGGGGACGCGGCGGCGGUCGCGGCCCUCGGCCUUCGCGGUGCUGGUCACCGGGCUGGCGGUCACCGAUCUGCUGGGCACGUGCUUCCUGAGCCCGGCCGUGUUCGUGGCCUACGCGCGCAACAGCUCGCUGCUGGGCCUGGCCCGGGGCCGCCCUGCGCUCUGCGACGCCUUCGCCUUCGCCAUGACCUUCUUCGGCCUGGCCUCCACGCUCAUCCUCUGCGCCAUGGCCGUGGAGCGCUGCCUGGCGCUCAGCCACCCCUACCUCUACGCCCAGCUGGACGCGCCGCGCUGCGCCCGCCUGGCGCUGCCCGCCGUCUACGCCUUCUGCGCCCUCUUCUGCUCGCUGCCCCUGCUGGGCCUGGGCCAGCACCAGCAGUACUGCCCCGGGAGCUGGUGCUUCAUCCGCAUGCGCUCCGCCGAGCCGGGCGGCUGCGCCUUCUCGCUGGCCUACGCCAGCCUCGUGGCCCUGCUGGUGGCCGCCAUCGUCCUCUGCAACGGCUCCGUCACCCUCAGCCUCUGCCGCAUGUACCGCCAGCAGAGGCGCCACCAGGGCUCGCUGGUCCCCGGGCCCCGCGGGGGCGAGGACGAGGUUGACCACCUGAUUCUGCUGGCCCUCAUGACGGGCAUCAUGGCCGUGUGCUCCCUGCCUCUCACGAUCCGCGGCUUCACCCAGGCCAUCGCCCCGGACAGCAGUGAGAUGGGCGACCUCCUCGCCUUCCGUUUCAACGCCUUCAACCCCAUCCUGGACCCCUGGGUCUUCAUCCUUUUCCGCAAGGCCAUCUUCCAGCGCCUCAAGCUCUGGUUCUGCUGUCUGUGCCCCAGGCCUGCCCACGGUGACUCGCAGAUACCCCUCUCCCCGGUCUCAGGGAGGAAGGACCGAAGGGCACCCACUGCUCUUGGGGAGAAGGAGGGGAGCUGGGUGCCUUUGUCAGCCUGGGGUGAGGGUCAUGGGGCGCCCUUGCCUCCCGCACGGCGAUCUGGCGCCAGCACCGUGGGAACGCCGACCAAACUGGGGACCGCGGCCGCCUGCUCACUCUGCUGACAUUUGCCCUGUGAUCUCCCGCCUUGUCUUCCGGGAGCGGGAGCCAGAUCAUCAGGGGCAUGGCCGGGGGUGGACAAGCAGAGAGAUGACUCUUCUGCCCUCGCCUGCCGGAACCUUGACCCCCUGAGUUCAGGGGGCGACCUGCUGCUAUUUCUUCUCCUUCUGGGUGGCCAUCACAGGCUCCGGGAGGAGAGGGAGGGAGACAGGGAAGGUUGAUCCUGGAGCACAAAAAGAACAGUUCUCUCAAAAUAACCAGUGGCCUGGCCGGCCUGGUCUGGCCCUGGCUUGCCGCUCCAUCUCACUGUCUAAAUAUUUAGAAGGCGGAACAGUUCCCAGCGGCUCCUGUACACUGGGGUCUGCUCUGGUUAAGGUUCCCGCUCUGAUCCUCAUCCGUUCAGGGGACCCCAGCUGCCCAUCCCAAAUCCCCAGGGGUCCUGCCCUCUCCUAGGUCGCUCCAAGAGCCACCCU